AACUAUUAAUUUUUGUAGGUACCUACAAUGCAUUACCUGCAUUUUCGCAUUAUACAAAUCUACUUCGUCGAGAGAAUACGAAUCUAAAAAUUACAAAAUUAGUUUAAUAGAUUGCAACAAAAUGUCCGUAGCAGACUUUUUCAUAGAUAAAAAUGUAUUCAUUACUGGAGGCAGUGGAUUUCUAGGAAAACUGAUAAUAGAAAAGCUUCUAAGAUCAUGUCCAGGCAUCGGAAAAAUCUAUGUUUUGUUAAGACCAAGAAAAGGUAAAGCAAUUGAAGAGCGUCUUGAAAAAAUUAUCGAAUCACCUAUAUUUAAUCCAUUGCGUCAUCAAAAUCCAGAUGCUUUGAGGAAACUCAUUCCAAUUAAAGGCGAUGUUUCGGAAUUAAAUUUAGGUAUAAGCAAAGAAGAUCGAGAGUUACUAGUUAACACUGUAAAUAUAAUAUACCAUUCAGCAGCUUCAGUUCGUUUUGAUGACUUCUUAAAAGACGCCAUUAUCUUAAACGUUCGAGGAACGAGAGAAGUUGCAAAGUUAGCCUUGGAUUUAAAGAGUAUUUCAAUAUUUGUACAUAUAUCAACUACUUACUGCAACUGUGAUAAAUUGGUAGUAGAAGAAAAACUUUAUCCAGCUCAUACAAGCUGGAGAGAUGCAAUCAUGUUAGCCGAGGAAUGUGAUCAACAGACAUUAGAGACUUUAACUCAAAAAUAUAUUUCUCCAUUGCCCAAUACAUACACCUUUGCAAAAUCUUUAGGAGAACAUGUUGUCAAUGACUUGUGUCAAGGAAAGAUACCAACUAUAAUAACAAGACCCUCGGUAGUAAUGAACACAGAAUCCGAUCCAAUUCAAGGAUAUACCGAUAAUUUUAAUGGACCGGUUGGAUUAGUUACCGCUGCAGGAAAAGGUCUCGUAAGAGUAGGUUUUGGAAAACCAGAUACCAUAACAGAUUACAUACCGGCCGACUACGUUAUAAAAGGAAUGGUAUUGGCAACCGCAUCACAGGGAAUAACAAAGUCUUCUGAUACCGUAGAAGUUUAUAAUCUUUCCUAUAACCAUAUAAGCUGUAUGUCUCUUAAAGGAAUGACAGAUAUUGGAAAAAAGCUUUUUGUUGAACUUCCUUAUUCGCAAAUGCUUCGUUAUCCCAUCAUGACUGUGACAGAAAAUUUUUAUAGAUAUUAUAUUGAAACGCUAAUACUACACAUGUUUCCAGCACUACUAAUUGAUUCGCUUUUAACAAUAUUUGGACAGAAACGACGGUUGGUUAAAUUGGUAAGAAAAAUUUAUAUUGCAUAUACUGUACUGGCUCCUUUCGUGUGCAAUACAUAUUGGUUUUUAAAUGAUAAAUAUAUAAACAUGCAAAAGGAUUUGAAAGAAGAAGAUUCUGCAUUUUCAUUUAAUUACAAAAGUUGGACCGACGAAGAAAUGUACGAGUUUAUCAAAGGAGGGAAACUUGGUAUGGAAGUAUAUCUUUUUGGAGAAAAACUUGGUGUUACUGGAUCGAAAGCUAAACAAAAAAUGAUGAAGUAUUGGCUGGCAGAAGUAAUAUUUAAAACGAUCCUCCUUACUGUAUUUUUGUGGAUUUUUAUGUAUAAAUUGAAUUUUUUUAAUUUAGCGACUAUUAAAACUAUUUCUUAUUUUAACAGUUUAAGUUCAUAAAAAGUAUAUACAUAUAUAUAUAUAUAUAUAUAUAUAUAUAUAUAUAUAUAUAUAUAUAUAUAUAUAUAUAUAUAUAUAUAUAUAUAUAUAUAAUGUAAAAAACUAAAAAUAUAUAUGUGAAUAUUA